UUAGUAUGUUUUGAAAUGUCCGCGCAUGCGUAUUCGCAGUGUGAUAAGUCGACAGGGGCAAUGAGGACAAGUGAGUUUGAUUCAUCUGACGAAGAGGAUUUUGGUGAAGAGGAAACGACACCUUUUCAGAUCUCAUGGUUAUCUCUGUCAAUGGUGGAGUGCUCCCAGUCUCUUGGCAUCUGUUCUCUACCUGGGUGCAGAUAUAAAGAAAACAGAAGAAACCUGCAGAAAGAUGUUGCCGAGAUGUGUGAUCAGGGUGUGGAGGAUGUGUUUGUGUUCUGCACCAGAGGAGAGCUGGUGCGCUACAGAGUGCCGUGUCUGCUAGAGGUUUAUUCUCAAAGGGGUCUCAGAGUCCAUCACUUCCCCUUCCCUGACGGUGGAGCUCCAGAGCUUUAUCAGUGCAGCUGCGUUCUGGAGGAGCUCAAGGACUGCCUGCAAAACCAACGCAGAACUGUCAUACAUUGUUAUGGAGGUCUGGGACGCUCUGGGCUGAUUGCUGCAUGUUUGCUGCUGCAGCUCUCUGUGUCCAUGACACCCAGCACAGCUCUGGAGAUCCUGCGGGAGCUGAGAGGAGCCGGAGCCAUUCAGACUGUCAAACAAUACAACUUCCUUCAUGAGUUUCGGGAGAAGUUUGAAGCAUAUCAGGAAACCAAAGAGCGGCUCGCAGAGAGAUCUGUGUCCAGAUGAUCAACCUGACAUCCAGAUGACCUUUAGGGAAAAAUAACAAUUACCUGGUGUUCUUUGCUCUGUGGCUUUCUCUGGUUUGAUCAUGAAUGCUGUUGUUUGCUUUCUGAUAGCACUUUAAAAAUUCUGUAUUUUUAUAAGUCAAACUAUUAAUAAUAAUACUGAGCUUAAUAUAUAACUUAAACUUCGCAAUGAAAUGAUGCUUGUUCACUGAAAUGUGGUUGAAAGUUACAUAAACAAGAUGUUGUCUGAUAGUCCUGGUCAA